AUGGCAUCAACAAAACCGAUUGCAGUAGUUAUUGGUGUGGGUCCAGGUUUAGGAGCAUCAUUAGUCAAAAGAUUUGCAGCUGGUGGUUAUUCAAUUGGUCUUAUUGCCAGAAAAGAAAGUAGUUUACAACCUGUCCAAAAAGAACUCGAACAACAAGGUCAUACAGCUUUGAGUGUUACAGCUGAUGCUAGUAACGUAUCAUCGUUAAAGAAUGCUUUUAAUACAAUUCGAACAAAAUUUGGAAAUGAUCCUGAAGUAUUAUUAUACAAUGCUAGUGGAUUUGUUUAUAAAAGUAUUUUGGAUAUGAAACCUGAAGAACUUCAAAAUGCACUCAAUAUAUGUGUUGUAGGUGGUUUUGUUGCCAGCCAAGAAGUUCUUCCAAGCAUGCUUAAAAAUGGAAAAGGAACAAUAUUGUUUACUGGUGCUACGGCUAGUCUUCGUGGUUCAGCUAAAUUUGCUGGUUUUGCUGCAGCAAAAUUUGCUUUACGUGCAUUAGCUCAAUCAAUGGCUCGUGAAUUAGGUCCACAAUAG